CCUGUGCGCUGGGGUUCAUCUAUUUGACCCCUCUGCACUCCCUUUUCUCACCCCCUCCAACCCCCAUGGCAACACAGUUGAAGCUUCCUCUCUGGUAUAUAUCAUUUUUCUCGGAUUAAAACUGAGCAGCCCAAAUUGUCAUCGCCUCUGGACCCCCAUCCCUCCCGCAAUCUGCAGAUUCAAAUCUCAUAAGCUCUUCUAUGGCGCCCAUUUGGGGGAGUUGAUGCUCGCCAACUCAAGCUGGCGUUGACACCGACGGAACAAUUUGAGCAAUACUGAUUUUUCUUGAUACCCACAAAAAUCAUCUCUUUGAUAUCUAUGCCGUUCGGUCAUAUCGGAGGAAUUGAUGGGUAAAAGAGUUAGAAACAAGAGACAAGGUUCUACUAAGGGUAAGCGUGAUGCUACCAAUACCCCAAAAAAAGUUGUCCAGUCGUACAACCCAACUGUUGAGUCAGUCAAUGAUGCAGUUUCACCUGUAAAAGAGAUAAAAUAUUGUCCUCAUCUCAAAAACAAUGUUAAUAUAACUAAAUUAUCUGGAAAGAUUGGGUCUUCUGGAUCCACAGGCAUAAAGUGUGAAGAUUGUAGGGAAAGUGCCGCAGAUCGGAAGGGAAAUAAAAAAAAAGGUAAACGUGGGAAUAAGAAAGGCACUGCUUUAGUGGAUUCAAAGUCUGAAUCAAAAGCUAUAUGGAUUUGUCUAGAGUGUGGUCAAUAUACAUGCGGAGGUGUUGGGCUUCCAAAAACCCCUCAAUGCCAUGCAAUCAAACACGCCAGACAAAGUCAGCACCCCUUGGUGGUCAAUUCUGAGAAGCCCCAGCUGUGCUGGUGUUUUGUUUGCGAUAUGUUUGUCACUGCUGAGAAAACUGAGCAGAAUGAUGAAAAAAAUCAUGUUCUUUCUGAUGUUAUGACACUGUUGAGAGCACGACCAUCAGACCAAUCAUCAGCAGAUGUUGAGGAUUUGUGGUUUGGGAAUGGCAGCAUCACUACUGAGAUUAAAUCAGGAACUUCUCUGGCAGGCGAUUCAUACGGGAAAGCAGGUUAUGUAGUCAGAGGUAUGACUAAUCUUGGUAAUACUUGCUUCUUUAAUUCAGUCAUGCAAAAUCUCCUAGCUUUGAAUAAGUUGCGAGAUGACUUUCUAAAGCUAGAUGCUCCUUCUGGGCCUUUGACUAGUUCCUUGAAAAAGUUAUUUGUUGAAACAAACCCAGACUCAGGAUUGAAAAGCAUUAUAAAUCCUAGAUCAUUUUUUGGUUGUGUAUGCUCAAAGUCUCCCCAAUUUCGAGGAUAUCAACAGCAUGACAGUCAUGAAUUGCUAUGUUGCUUACUAGAUGGGCUGGGUUCUGAAGAACUAGCUGCAAGAAAACAGAAGGAUGCUCCUGAGAAAGAUGGAAUCUUUUCCACUGUGACUACUCUAGUGGAUGCUCUAUUUGGGGGUCAAUUAUCAAGUACUGUAUGUUGCAUUGAAUGCGGGCAUUCCUCAGUUGUGCAUGAACCUUUUCUGGAUCUCUCACUGCCCGUUCCUUCUAAAAAAUCUCCACCCAAGAAGGCCCAAUUAGCAUCUCGAUCCAAGAAAGCAAAGUUCCCACACAAGAAAGGUGGGAAGACUCGGGUGAAAGUCAAUAGAGAUGCCAGUCCCUUGCCCGUUCAAAAUUUGGCAACCCAACUAUCAAGUGAUGAAUCAUCCUGCCCUGUGAAAUCUAGCAUAUCAGCUGGUGAAGAGGUGGCGGCUUGUUCUGGGGAAUCUACAGUAUUUGGUCCUGUGAAUAAAAGCAGCCCUGCUGAAUAUGAGGCCUCAAGUUCACCCAAUUUAAUAACUGCUCAAGACUCUGGACAUGCUCAAGUCCUUGAGAAUGGUACAGGGAAAGCAUCAACUUCGUCAGGUGAUUUUACAUGGUUGGAUUAUGUGGAAGCUGGAACCAUGACAGAUGAAAGUGGGUUCUUUUCCAAGAAGAUGGAUGUUGCUGUGAUACAGGAUGAUGACAGCAAGGAGGAAUCGUCAAAAGAAUUCCCUGCACAGACUAGCUGUGAAUCUAGUAGUCAGAUUUAUUUCCCUGAUGAGAUGCAAAACCUUAGGCUAGAUUCUUCUUCAAGGAAUGGGUGGGAAGAUGAGGUUCCGUUACAAGUUCAAGAUACAGAAGUGCUGUUGCUUCCAUAUAAAGAAGAAAUUUCUUCUGCGGGGGAGAUCACAGGGGGAGAUGGUGAAGCAUCCUCAACAGUUUUGGGCUGUGGACAAGAAGACCUGGGAUUUGAUGGCUUUGGGGGCUUAUUUGAUGAACCUGAAGUUGUUGCAGGCCCUGCUCCUAGACCUUCGAAUAAUGAAGUUGAAGCAGGUUUUAAUGCUGGAAACAGCAGUGAGUCUGAUCCAGAUGAAGUAGAUGAUGCAGAUUCUCCAGUCUCUGUAGAUAGUUGCUUGGCUCAUUUUAUAAAACCUGAGCUUCUCUCAAAUGAAAAUGCGUGGCAUUGUGAGAACUGUUCAAAAAUUCUGCAACAUGAGAAAUUGGAAGCAAAAAUGCAGAAAAGCAAGGUAUUAAAUGGAGAAGAGACUGUAAAUGAUGCUGACCCCCUGCAUAUAACUAAUUCUUGUUCUGCCAAGGUCGGAGGUGUAAGUAAUGGUAAUGCUAAAAAUGACGAAGUUAGAGACAGUUCGGUUUCAGAUGUUAAACAUUGCAGAGAGUUAGAAAAUGGUCAAAUGGAUGAGUUGAGUACAGUUGAUAAUAAGGGGGAAGAUGAGACGGUUAAGAAGAGAGAUAUACAUGAUGGUGAAUCUUCAGGUUUUCGCAAAACUUGCAAUGAAGAAAUUGGUAUAGCUGCUGAUUCUUGUAGCAUACAGCAUGCAACUGGAGAUAUACAGGAAAGAAAUUCCCAGCUAUUGAAUCAUGAAAACCGGGGCUCGGGAGUCACUAAAGAUGAAAAGGUGGACACCAAAAGUAUGAAAGUGAAGAGGAAUGCAACCAAGAGGGUUCUUAUUUAUAAAGCACCGCCUGUUCUAACUAUUCAUUUGAAGAGGUUCAGCCAAGACAUUCGAGGCCGCCUAAGUAAACUAAGUGGCCAUGUCAGUUUUAAGGAAACAAUUGAUCUCAGACCAUAUAUGGAUCCAAGGUGCAUGAGUGAAGAGAAUCAUGAAUACCGGUUGGUGGGCGUGGUGGAGCACUCGGGAACAAUUAGAGGGGGUCACUACGUUGCCUAUGUACGAGGGGGUCAGGGGAACAAAGAGGCCGAUGAAAUGAGUGAGAAUUGCACAUGGUAUCAUGCAAGUGAUGCCUAUGUGCGUCAAGUUUCCCUUAAAGAAGUUCUUGCCUGUGAGGCUUACAUCUUAUUCUAUGAAAGAAGCUGAGUGUAUCAUUUACUUUUUUUGAGUUGAGAAGCCAAUUUACAUACAUAGAUACAUGCAUAUAUGCAUUUGUGAUGCCCAUUUUUUUUGAACAUAUAAUGAGAGAUCCCCAUUGUACAAUGCGACUUUAUACACUAUCAAAUAUCAAGUUUUCCCUCC